AUGUGGACAGUCAAGAAUCAAUCUGCUGGGCCAACUUCACAGACUGGCAAUCACUCGACCAACAAUACUACAUUGGCAACUUCAGCUAUUAGUCAUGACAGCAAUGUCAUCAUGAAUGUCAGUAAUGAAACUUCAGACAGCAGUGAUGAUCCUCACACUAAAGUCGACGACUAUUCCAAUAAAAUCAAUCUAUCCACCAACGAUGCAGUCAUUUUACCCAUUAUAGUCGCUCCUAAUCAACUACCAGCACAUGCAUCCCAAACUGUAUUUCAUUUUGCUAAAAUCUACAAUUAUCACCGCCUAUCACGACAACUAGACUUGACUGCAAAACUCGCUGUUGCUCCUAGAUUAGAUUUAUUAAUCGACAUUAUUGCUGCAAACUCUCCUCCCCUUUUUGGGCAUAAUGUAUUGCAAGAGUUUCUUUUAAAACAAAACUCAAACUAUCUACUUAAAGUAGUUCCAUUCAUUGCCUGGCUAGCACUAGAAUUACCCACUCUAUUUCCUCACGGAUUAUCCAAGCUACCUAGUGGUAUCAAUCGUUGUAUUACUUUAACUCAGCUUCAGGUUGCAUCUCUUCUGGCAUGCGCGUUUCUGUGUCUAUUCGAUAAUCAUCAACGCAAAGUAAACUAUCCAAAUAUUAAUUUCUACCGAAUCUACAAUUCACAAGCAAGUGAAUACUGUCCUAAAAUACAAUUUAUUUUUCAUUACUUUGAACGAGUAAUGUUAAAAAAAGAAAAAGAAACCCUCGAUGGAAAGAUUACUUUUCAUAGAUCUGUUGUUUCAAAAUGCAAUAUGCCAGACUGGCCAGCCCAUACAUUUACUACUUUAAGAAAAUUGGAACUGCAAUUCGACCGUAUAGAAGACAUACAUGGCACCUCCCAGGCUGAUUUUGCCAAUAAAUACAUUGGCGGCGGUGUUUUGUCAUCAGGUGCAGUUCAAGAAGAGAUUUUGUUUUUGAUUAUGCCCGAGCUUAUUGCAUCAUGUAUAAUCACGGAAUGUUUGCAAAGCAAUGAAACGCUUUACAUGAUUGGCAUAGAAAGGUAUUCCAACUAUAGCGGAUACGCUCAAACACUUGGCUGGGCUGGACCGCACAUCGAUACUGUAGCUAGAGAUGAACAUGGUCGUCGAAAGCGCGAAUUUGUUGCUAUGGAUGCACUCAAAUUUAAUUAUAGAAAUAGUGAAUUUGAAUACAGUCAACGAGCUGUUUCAAGAGAACUUGGGAAAGCAUAUAUUGCCUUUCAAGGAUCUCCUGUUAGCACUAUACCUACAUCUUCUGCUAUUUCAACUGGUUGUGGUGCAUUUAAUGGCAGUCUUGAAUUAAAAAGUUUGAUUCAAGUCAUGGCUGCAUCAGUUGCUUCUCGAGAUAUCAUUUACUUGCCCUUUAACAAAACUGAAUUUGCUCAAGAUCUAAUCCAAAUUUUGACUGAACUACGCUUAAACAAUGUAUCUGUUGCAUACUUAUUCAAUAUGAUUUCAAACUUUCAUCGAGAUGCAUUUUCAAAAAGAAAGUCGACAUCAUGGUCAUUAUUUACUUAUAUUCGCAAAGCUCUUGAAAGAAAACAGUUAUCAAAUCAAUUUUAA